AGCUUUUGUGUUAGUGUUCAUUGAGUGGCUUGUGCUCUCACCGAGAUAAAUUGUGAAAUUUUCGCAGUUUUCGUGAGCCGCGAGUGAAUAAAUGUGUUGCUAGUGCGCGAUACGGACGAGACAAUAACGAUAAAAGACCAGAAAAAUGAGUAAGACGUGCGCUCGCUGCGAGAAAACGGUCUACCCGAUCGAAGAGCUCAAGUGCCUCGACAAGACAUGGCACAAGCAGUGCUUCAAGUGUCAAGGAUGCGGAAUGACGUUGAACAUGCGGACCUACAAAGGUUUCAACAAACAGCCAUACUGCGAGGCGCACAUACCUAAAGCAAAAGCUACGACAAUGGCCGAGACGCCGGAACUCAAACGCAUUGCCGAGAACACGAAGAUACAGAGUAACGUGAAGUAUCAUGCGGAAUUUGAAAAGGCGAAAGGCAAAUUUACCCAGGUAGCCGACGAUCCGGAGACACUUAGAAUAAAGCAGAACAGCAAGAUCAUCUCGAACGUCGUUUAUCACGGGGAAUUACAGAAGAAGGCCAUAAUGGAGCAGAAGAGAACGAUGACCGGUGAAAAUGGGAAACAAAUCGAAUGUGUAGAGUACACCGACGGUACUGUCACACCGACGCUUGGCAUCAAUGCGAAUCCACCACCGGCGCGAACGGCAAAUUCACCAGUACCACCAGUACAGAGGGCACCAGGAAGGAUUGCAGAUUAUGAUCCGCUUAACGAAGCGAGGCCAAGUCCUUAUUCUGCCAGACAGGCAGCCACCACUGUCAUUUAUACCAGUGAUAAGGGAGCAGUGACGAAUCCUCCUACGCGGAAAAUCGGCUCUGUCGCUGACAUCGACCCUGUCAAUGAGUAUUAUGGAUCAUUGACACCUGCCACGAAUAAUAAUCACGUUCCUCAACAUCAACCGCCGCCACCACCGCCGCCAGCGAACACAGGGCGCGUGUAUCGGGCGAUGUACGACUACGAAGCUCAGGAUCACGACGAGGUUAGCUUUUGCGACGGGGACCUCAUCAUCAAUUGUACAGCCAUCGACGAAGGCUGGAUGACCGGGCUGGUGCAACGUACUGGAUGCCAAGGAAUGUUACCAGCGAAUUACGUGGAACCAGCUCAGAUUUAAGUGAAGACACAAGAACGAAAUGGUGGAAUCGACGCUAUAAUCAUCUACCAUCUAGAAAUCAAGAUUAUCGGUUAGAAUCUUACGCCAGCUGGUAGAUACGAGAAUUCGGAACGAACGAGGAAAAUGGGAAACGCACUCGAGUCAUUGAAAAACAGCUACUCGGCCUUCUUCUCUUUUUGACGAAUUUUCCAAUGUUACCGUUAUCACAGAGAAAUCACAGUCAACAUUCAUGAAGGCCUUUACAGCCUUGUUACUUGUUGUGUGGAAUUGAAUGGUCGAACAAUGGGCUGACAGGAGAUGCAGGAGAGAUGAGUUUUGUGUUAUCCCCUUUUAUGAGGUCUUCCAAGGCAAGUGCCUGAGUAAUAUACAAUUGCAUUUAAGGAAGCAAGUAAUGACUGAAUUUAUAAUUCCGUAAGUUGGGACCAAACUCAAUAUUUUUCUAUGACCAGUGAGUAGGGGGGAAAUGUG